AUGCAGCAGCAGCAGUCGUUGCAGCACAUGCAGCAGCAGCGAGAGGCCGCGUCGCGUGCUGCCGCAGCUGAGGUGGCUCAGCUGCAGCAGCAAGUGCUGCAUUUAGAAGGCCUGGUAAAAGUUGCCGAAGAAGAGAAGAAGGCCCAUCGAAGGGAAAUCCGAAAUUACCGCAUCGAGGCUGAAGAGCAUAAUCGGGAAUUGCAAGCGCUACGGGACGAGCAAAGGAGCGUAGACAGGAAAGCCAAGGAGCAGGAGCGGACAAUCGCAGAGCUUACAACGCUUCUUACGAACGCAAGGAGCCGCAUACGGAAUGAACGGCAGCGCAAUGAGGGAUUAGUGGGCAAAUUAGAGGCUGCAUGCGAGACAGAAUCAUCUUUGAAGGCAGAGCUUCAAGCAUCGCAGGAGAUGGCAGAGGAGGGCCGACGGCAACUGCUGAGCUUGACGUGGGGCUUGGAGGCUCCACCAGUUUUUUCCGGGCUUCCGGAAGCAACCUCAAAGAGCAGCAGGCAGCCUGGCAUUGACCAGCAGCGGCAUAGAGAGACCCAGAGAGGCAGUAGCGUGGACCUUGGGGGUCAGCGGCAGUAUUCGCCUACAAACACAGACUGGGUGGACAAAAGGAUGCAAUACAGCUCAAAGGCGACUCUAGACCCCGUUUCUUCCCUCAGCAUAACGCCGCUAAGGUGGAACGAUGUGCGAAUCCUGCGCCGGGUGGUCCCCCCGAUUCAGCCGUGUGAAGAUAGCUGGCAGGCCGCUUUAUUGCUAGCGAUGCAAGAAGGCUAUUCACGUAUCAUGCUUGAACCAGCCGAUCCCUCUGAACAGCCGUGGGGAGGCAUCCUUCUCAAAAGUCCACUCGUAAAUGUUAGUUGGUUUUGCACCGUUCGGCUGGGGAGCAAAGGACGAAUGCAUGAGUGCUUGCCAACUUGGCUUUCUGGAGAAGUUGCGGCUGCUGCGUCUUUUGUUGCCUCCAUCACGUUGAAUGUCACUUCUCUGCCUUCAAUUAAUGUGGCCCUUGAGAAGGAAGUCAUUGAGGGAGUCCAAUUACACGCAAUGCUUGCAUACGCUUUCGUGAUGAUGAACCCUCAGGACAUCCGAUUCGCAAGUGCAGUCCUUGAGAUUGAAGCUUCCUCUGCCAUCAGCUGUGUUCUGCACGCCGCUACGGUUGUCGUGGGAUGUCUUUGCUACCAAGUGGCGGUCUCUAGAGAUGCAGGAGGAUGCAGUGCGUUGGUAGAAAUUCCGCGCUUGCUGACCUUCCCCCUUUCGUAG